AACCCAUGUACCCCAUCUCCAAGAGCUUUGCUUUAGGCUACUAUAAUCUUCUCUUUGGCUCCGUCCACUACUUGCAAGUUUUCUUCUUAGACAAAAAAAUGUCCGGUGUUUGGGUUUUCAAGAACGGCGUGGUUCGCUUGGUAGAGAACCCAGGGGUUGAGUCAUUGGACCGGAGCCGACAAGGUUGCAGCACCCGCAGCAAAGUGCUUGUGCACACUCCUUCCAACGAAGUGAUCACUUCCUACGCAGUACUAGAGCGUAAGCUAUGGUCUCUCGGAUGGGAAAGAUACUACGAUGAUCCUGAUCUCCUCCAGUUCCACAAAAGAUCCACCGUGCAUUUGAUCUCUCUCCCUAAAGAUUUCAACAAGUUCAAGUCGAUUCACAUGUAUGAUAUCGUCGUCAAAAAUCGAAAUGUAUUUGAAGUUAGGGAUAUGUAACUUAUGCAGAACUAAUAAGCAAGCUCGUAUCCAUCUUGAUUUCUUCUUCUUUCUUUGCAUUUGGGUAUGUGAUGAUGGAUUUAUUUUUCGAUUUUGGUAUUUCUUUGUAAAAUAUACAUAUGGGAUUAGGGUUAAGGCAGAACGUUUUUGCUUGAU